UUGCUGAGCGGGACGUGGAGAGCGGUCACUGCGCCGUGAUCAGAGCGGGGAUCAGGGCAGAGGGGAGGCUGAAUGGAACCGGUCCUUCAAGCUCCUAGGAUUUCUUGAUGUUAAAAAUGUGCCAUGUGCACGAGAAUCAGUGCUGUAUGGCUCUCUGGGAUCUUUAGUUGUGGGUCUUGGACACUUUUUAGCAACUACAUUUUUGUCUUUGUUUCAGGUAGAGUAAGAAGAUCGUGUGACUUUGCAGUCGGUGGCUUUAUUUGCACAAUGUUAGGAUACUGGUUUUACUGCAGGUACAAUUUAGCUCAACAGAGGAUUCGGCAAAGAAUGCUUAAGGAAGGAAUGAGAAACAAAAUGUUAUUUGAAGGCAGUUCUUUUGAUCCAGAAAAAAAACAAACUGGUAAUGAAAGAAGCAAUUCGUAGUCGUACUAUAGGGGAGUCUGUAUAUGUGGUGUAAUACAGCAUUGAGAAAAGGUGGUCCAAAAAUGGCAGUGUGCCCUGUAAGUAUGUCAGAUAACUGAAACUAAUAAAUCAUGCUGGUUUUCCUAGAAGAUUUAAGUAAGAAAUCCAGAGUGAAUCUGUUAAAUCUGUAUAUAAGCCUUUCUUUGUUUCAUGUAUGUACAUAUGUGACUAUGUUCACAGUUAGCAAUGACCUCCUUGUUUUUGACUUGUUAAACAUUUGGCAAUUGACGCUGUGUUGCACAGUCUCAGAGAAUUAAUGACAACAUUUGGGGGCUGCUUUAACUUACAAACAAAGCAAAGUUGUAAUUUCAUCUCAUUUAAAUGCAAGGUAUUUUCAUCAGCUGUUCUGAGUAAAUGCAUCUUGUAGUGCUGCUGCUAAGUGUAGCACUUGGAAAAUGGGAAUAUUUAAACGGUAGGUGAGUGCUUUGCUUGUGCAAAGUGGAAGUUAUCAGUAGCUUCUGUAACUUCAAAAAACUUAUAGAGGCUAUGAAGCUGAGUUUCCAUCUUUGUUCCAUCUGUGCAAAAUUAAGAAUAAAAACACUUCAGGAGGAAUUUCA